AUGUUUGAAAUGACGUUUUUUAUUUUAGCAUACGUCCGACAGCUUUUGUAAAUUGCGGUCGCAUACCUAUAUCAGCUACAUACACCGAAUGGCGAAUAAUCGUUGUUAUUAUUUGGUUGCGUGCUUAGCACUAUACGCUUAUCCGGUGGUCACUCAAAACGACUUUAACGAUCCUUACGGUCAAAAUGCUCAGGCGUAUUGGCAACAGGCACAGCAAAGGCCGCAGGACAUCAUCGAUCAACAGUUCAGCCGUCCGUUGUACAAUUUUCAAGACGCCCAACGACAGGCACAGCAGCAGCAACAACAACAACAACAACAGAGAUUACAACAGCAGCAGCAGCAGCAACUACUACUACAACAACAACAACAACAGCGGUUACAACAACAGCAACAAUCUCAGCGGCUACAGCAACAGCGAUUACAACAGCAACAGCGAAAUCCGAAUUUUAAUCAAAACCCAACCAUGUUUCAGGAAAGACAGAAUUACAAUAGUUUCGCUUCCAGAUAUGCACCUCCCACCCUAAGAUUACAAGCUGGUUCAGCUCCGUACGUUUUGACCGAAGAGAGAUUGGCGGAAAUCCGCGAAGAGUUUAUGUACUGGUAUUUCGAUAGAGGCGGCGACAAUGAUCAAGGAGACUAUCAAACCGACAUACACGGAUCUAUGCCACAGAUUCACAAAAAUUUUAAUUUUCAAUUGCCGUUCUUCGGUUUUAGAUUCAAUUACACUCGGGUGUCGAUGAACGGUUAUUUGGAAUUCAGCGAUCCACCAAAACACUACCGCUACCCGCUGUCAUUUCCAAUUAAAGAGUGGCCGAAAAAAAACGAUCCGUCUUUCAUCGGUAUAUUCUUCAGCAAGUGUCGAAUCGGUUCGCUGAGAACUGAUGACGUCGACCGACGCAAGCCCGGAGUUUAUUUCCGCCUGGAGAGGGAUUUACAAGCGCGAACAGAUCAAUUCGGAGUGGAAAUGAGAGAAAGAUUAAUGUGGGACAUCCGGGAAGGCGUAGUCGGCGCGGACUCGUUUGUUCCCAAACAUUCGGCUAUUAUUACGUGGAAAAACAUGUCAUUUGCCGGAGGAAUUGACAAUUCCCUUUACAGGACUAAUACGUUUCAAAUGGUCUUAGCGACCGACGAAGUAUUCACUUAUGCCAUAUUCAAUUACGCAGACAUGCAAUGGACUAGUCAUACGGAAGCCGGAGGCGAUACGACUGGCGGCGAAGGGGGAGUACCGGCUUUUGUGGGAUUCAACGCUGGGAACGGGACUAGGAGUUUCGAGUAUUAUCCCUACUCGCAAAGAUCGACCAUUAGAGACUUAGUGGGUCGUGGUUGGGCCAAUAAUUUUCCGGGUCGACACAUAUUCAGAAUCGACGAAAACAUAAUGUUAGGAACGUGUAACAAAGACAUCGCUGGUACGAACUUACCAUUGGUUUUCGCACCGGAAAGUGGCAACAUGUUGGGCGGCACUGUCGUCAACAUCACCGGACCGUGUUUCGAGCCCGGAGACAAAGUACGGUGCAAAUUUGACACGGAAGAAGUUGUCGGCACCGUGGUGAACAGAAACCGUGCGGUUUGCAUUCAGCCGUUUUUGAUGGCCGAAGGUUAUGUUAUAUUCGACGUGGCGAUCGGUGACGAAAAAUACAACUGGAAAGGAAAAUACUUUGUGGAGACACCAGCCACAGCUACCGAACGUAUUCGGUUCCAAGACUCGGCAAUACGAGAACGAAAGCCUAAAGAAAUAAAAAUUACCUGGGAAAAACAGAACCUUACUACGAAUUUCGACGCACAGAUACAGAUAUCGCUUUACGGUUAUAGAGAAGUGACGAUCGCACCUGAACUCGUAUUCGUCGACGUCAUAGCGAAAAACAUUCCCAAUUCUGGCGAAUACAUCAUAAACCCGGCUGUUUUCGAAGACCGCGACAACACCAUGAACUUAGAUCUGACGUUUGGAUUCUUACAAAUAAAACUGUCCAAUCCGACGUUGUACUCCGGCAUUUCGAUUUCUCCGAUACUCUGGAGCAAGCCCGUACCUCUCGGGUGGUAUUUCGCGCCUCAGUGGGAACGGUGGCACGGUCCCUCGUGGCCCGAGCGGCUGUGCGACAAUUGGAUCAAGAACGACAGGUAUCUGAAAAACUUCGCGGCCGAGAUAUUCCAGUGCCCGUGCACGCUGGAACACGCGCUCGUCGACCGCGGACGGUUCUUGCCGGACGCCGACUGCGACCGGGACGCCAACCCGCAGUGCCUGUACAACAAGGGCGCGGUGCACUGCGUGACGACGGGGGCGCCGAGCAUGGAGGGCUCGGAACAGCAGUGUUGCUACGACAAAAACAAUUACCUGAUGUUGUCUUACGACCAGCAGUGGGGCUCGAGGCCGCGGAGAUCGCACAACUUGGGAUUUUUGCCGUGGACCGAGGCCAACAAGGUACCCACGCUGUCCCAGUGGUUCCACGACAUGAGCCCGUUUUUCCCGUGUUGCAUGUGGCAGGAAGAGCAGGCGGUCGGUUGCGAGACUUACCGUUUUGAACGACGUCCGUCUCAGGAUUGCGUCGCCUACCAAUCGCCUUACGUGGCUACCGUCUUUGGCGAUCCUCACGUGAUUACUUUCGACGAUCUGGAGUACACUUUCAACGGAAAAGGCGAGUUCGUGUUGGUUCACGUGGAUUCGGAAAAGUUCAAAUUCGAUGUGCAAGGCAGAUUCGAACAGUUGCCGGACAAUAUUUAUGGCCCGGUAAGGGCCACCACGCUGACAUCCGUUGUCUCCCGCGACAACACAUCCACCGUGAUCGAAGUCCGGUUACGGCCCCAAGUGGCCCAGUGGAGGUACAGGUUGGACGUUUUUGCCGACGGUAAACGAGUGUACUUCGACAGACCGGCGUUGAAGGUGCAACACUUUCACGGUGUGACCGUUUACGCGCCUUCUUACGUUUUAAACCAGUCCGAAAUCGUAGUUAUGUUUCAAUCUGGCGCCGGGUUAGAAGUGUUGGAAAACAAAGGAUUCAUGACUACUCGGGUGUAUUUGCCCUGGCAGUUUAUCAAUAAAACCAGAGGAUUGUUUGGCAAUUGGAGUUUUGAUCAGUCCGACGAUUUCACUCUACCCGAUAGUUCAAUAGUACAACCUAAUACGUACGAUUUCGAAUCAGUACACAAGCAAUACGCUUCUAAUUGGAUUUUAGAAGACAGAGACGAAAAGAACAAAGGUGGCGCUUUAUUCUUUCGUGAAUACGGCCGGACGGCCAGUUAUUAUGCAAACCGAACGUUUGAACCUGUUUUUGAGUCCACUCCGGAACUCAUUAUACCCGCCAACCGAUCUUCCGACAUACAAAAAGCCAACGAGCUUUGUGGUGACUCGUAUCAAUGUAAAUACGAUUAUGCGGUUAGUCUUAAUAGGGAUUUGGCGUUUUAUACGUUACAAUAUCAAGACGGAUAUGUCAACACGAAAAAAAUGAGUAAACAGAGAGUUAUAUCGUGCGGAGUUUUGGAAACGCCACGUUUCGGACGAAAAAGUAACUUUCUGUUUGUACCCAACACCAAGGUGACAUUCGAGUGUAAUCAGGAAUUUGUGUUGAUUGGCGACCAAAGAAGAUCUUGUUCGUCCGACGGUAAAUGGGACAUACCGGAAUACGGGUACACGGAAUGCUUACGUCACAUCGAGUACGAGUCGCGGAGCGCGUGGACGACGAUCGCUCUGAUUGCGUGCCUCAUAGUACCGUUGCUGGUAGGCAUUUGUUGCGUUGUGUCGCAAGUGUACCGGCGCAGCGGCCGGCUGAGCCUGCGGUACCAGUCGGCGCGGGCAGCGAAGAGGCGCAACUCGGUGCUGGCCCUGAGCACGGUCGACCUGUCGUCGGCUGGCGCGGUGCCCAAGAAUAAGGGUCGCCGCCGCGACAACGAGGAAAACGAUAACGACAGUGGCGGCGGCGGCGGAUCGUCCACCGACGACGAGGGUCCGGCCAGUUCGGUGCCCAGUUCCACGAACCCGCGCCGGUCGUACGACGCCGUGUACCGGACGCACGAGCCGCUGCCCGGAAAACCGGAAGUGGACUUCGACCAAACCAAGGUCUGGGACCUGGACGCUGAGUACGAGGGACAGCUGGACAAGGUGGACAAGAGGACAGCCAUUUACGUGCCUGGAUCGCCGACGUUUCCGACUCCGCCGCCGCCGCCGCCGCCGGCUGGUCCAGACGCGGCUGCUGGAUGGAGGUCGCCCGCUGGACCUUCAGUAGCGGUCCAAAAACAGAUUUUGCCGUCCAGAUUCAAAGACUCGUUUUGAAAAUGAAAAAAAAAAUAGGUUUUUUUUUUAAUGUAUGUGUGUGUGUGUAAAAGGACGAAAUUUCAUUCCAAACAUGAAGCGGCGGCGGCUCUAUAUAAAAUAUUAACCAAAUAAUAGAACAGUAUAAUACGUUUGAGCGAUACACAUUAAUAAUAUAAUACUAUCAUCUAUGAGAUUCAUUCACGUGGGUGCACAAAAUAUAAAAUUAUACUAAAAUAUUAAAGUAAAGACGGACUGUGGUUCGUUAUUGUUCAGGGCCUAAUACCUCAAUCGUAACUCGUAAUAUCUUUUUUUUUUUUUUUAAAAAAAAAAGCAAUAUCCAAACCCAUAUACCUAACACGAAUGAUUUAUUUUUCAAUCUUUCUCGUUAACCUGAAACUCGAACAUUUUUUUUACUUCACGAAUUUCAUUGAUUAAUUUUUGAUUUUGUAUGUAUUUUUCGCGGUUACUCGGAUUUUUUACCAUCAUAAUGUUAUUGUUUAACAAUAACUAUUGAUUGGAAUAAUUUUACAGUCAAUUGGUAUUAAUUACUAAAUAUCAUCAUCAUCACAUUCAAACUUUAAUGCAUUUAUGCUUCCAUCCAUUAAUUUAGCAGUAUCGCAAUCAGUAACAUUUUAUGAAUUAAAUAAUAUUCCAAGGAACAAUAAAUACAUUUAAAACGCGUCGUAGGUAUGUGCAUAUUACAUAUUAAAUAAUAGUUUUCAAAUCAAGUUUAUUUUGCAAUACUAUACUAUUAAGUAUUAAUCAUAUCAACGAUCAACCCGAAUAAAAUCGGCCACGAACGCCCAAACGUUUGUUUAAACAUUUUACUCCGGUAUUUGUACACUCGAAUGGCUGAAUAAAUAAACUCGGGUGAUGAGCCUUGAUGUUAUUACACUUAAUGAAACGUACCCCAAUAGUUUUAUGUCGUCGCGUCGAGACUCCUCUCCGGCCACGGUUCGAUGUAUUUAUAAUCGACAAACCACCACUUCUCAUCACUCUAACAAUAAGCACAACAAAUUAUUAAAUUGAUUUGUUUUCAAAUUUUUUAUUUUAAAACCUCUUUAAAUUUCAAAACACAACAAAAAUAUCCUACAGCGUGUCCUGCUCAGUCAAAAACCCCAAUAGUGACUGCGAUCAAUAGCACCGAAAUCGAUAAUCCACAGUUGGUCGAAUAAGAAUUUUUAUAAACGUCGCCGCGAUGGCAAUCAUGUGGAAUGAAAAUUCGGCUUUCAAUAUUUUCGUUACUAUAAUAUGUAUGUAUAUAUAACAAAUAUAUUUAUUUAAUUGUUUAUAAACACCGAUUGUAAAUACAUUAUCAAUUUUGUAUGACAAUUGUACUGCGAUUACGCCCUUGUAAGAUUUAACGAUUAAGUUUCAAAGUAUUAUUAAUUAAAUCGCAAUCAUUUUCAUUUCACAUGCCCUGUGUAUUAUUUUAUUUUCGAGUGUACAGUACUUUUUUAUACAAUUGACGACGUCGGGUCGGGUACCAGAGCCGAACAAAUGUGAUUUUAAAACCAAAAAUAAAAUCAUCUCUAUUGGUAGCUAGGUACAUGCGAGGAAAUUUACCAAUCCUACAGCCGCUACUCACUUACGCUAGCCUUUUUGGGACAAGAAUACCGUGCAAUCGUAAUUUUACGAUUUUAAUUGUACAUAAUAUCGUAAUAUUGUCAUGAUAGAUGCCUGGACUCGGUAAUGAAAGAGGUGGUCACAAAAAGUCGUAUUGCGAUAUUAAUCAGUGAGUCAUCAACUAAUCAUAUUUAUAGACUUCUGAGUACAAAUAAAUUGGGUACCGGGGUUAAUGUUAGAUAUUAAAGUUACAAACGAACAAACUAUGGCAAAUAACAUACACUCCUAUACAAAAAUGUCUCGUUAGAUUUACAAAUAAACUGUAAUUGUAUUAGCAGCUGACUGAUUUUAUUUUUUAACAUAUUUUAGUCUAUAUAAAUCUCAUAAUCAUAACACUACAUUUUGUACACUCUUUCCUCAACGCUACGAUAAGGCCAAACAAUGUGGAAAAAUUAAAAACAAUCGGUUUUUCAACGAUCGCUACACGUAGAAUAUUCAGCGAGUUAGUAAUUAUUUUUUUUUUGUCCGGGUAGUGCAGCACUACUUCUAGUAAUGCCCAAAUUAGGAAUCAAAUAAUAU